GCGGGCCGCCGGGAACGGGGCGGCCGGGCCGGGCCGGGCCGAGCGCGGAACCGCCGGGGCCCGCCAUGGGCAACGCCGCUGCCGCCAAGAAGGGAGGGGAGCUGGAGAGCGGUGAGGUGAAGGAAUUUUUAGCUCGAGCCAAGGAGGAUUUCCUGCGGAAAUGGGAGAGUCCUGCACAGAACACUGCCAGCCUGGAGCAGUUCGAGCGCAUCCGGACGCUGGGCACAGGCUCCUUCGGCAGGGUGGUGCUGGUGCGGCACCGGGACAGCGGCAACCACUAUGCCAUGAAGAUCCUGGACAAGCAGAAGGUGGUGAAGCUGAAGCAGAUUGAGCACACCCUGAACGAGAAGAGGAUCCUGCAGGCUGUCACCUUCCCCUUCCUGGUGCGCCUCGAGUACUCCUUCAAGGACAACUCCAACCUCUACAUGGUCAUGGAGUACAUCCCUGGGGGGGAGAUGUUCUCCCACCUGCGCCGCAUUGGCCGCUUCAGUGAGCCCCACGCCCGCUUCUACGCUGCCCAAAUCGUCCUGACCUUCGAGUACCUGCACGCCCUGGACCUGAUCUACAGGGACCUGAAGCCUGAGAACCUGCUCAUAGACCAGCAGGGCUACAUCGAGGUCACAGACUUUGGCUUUGCCAAGCGAGUCAAGGGCAGGACCUGGACCCUCUGCGGGACCCCUGAGUACUUGGCCCCCGAGAUCAUCCUCAGCAAGGGCUACAACAAGGCGGUGGACUGGUGGGCGCUGGGGGUGCUGAUCUACGAGAUGGCCGCGGGGUACCCUCCCUUCUUCGCCGACCAGCCCCUGCAGAUCUACGAGAAGAUCGUCUCGGGGAAGGUGCGGUUCCCCUCCCACUUCAGCUCGGACCUCAAGGACCUGCUCAGGAACCUGCUCCAGGUGGACCUGACCAAACGCUUCGGCAACCUUCGCAACGGCGUCGGUGACAUCAAAGGGCACCGCUGGUUCUCCGCCACCGACUGGAUCGCGAUCUACCAGCGCAAGGUGGAGGCUCCCUUCGUGCCCAAGUGCAAGGGCCCAGGGGACAGCAGCAACUUCGACGAGUACGAGGAGGAGGAGAUCAGAGUCUCGCUCACCGAGCGCUGCGCCAAGGAGUUCGCCGACUUCUAGCGAGGGGGCGGCCCCCGAGCCCCCACCGACAGCCCCCCCAGAACACUAACCCCCCCUCCCCCACCCCGCAGCUGUAAAAGCCCUUCCUGGGGUGGCAGAGAGCAGCAGGGCUGCUGGGGAGGGGGAAGAGGCUUGGGGGGAAGAGAGGGUUGGAGGGGGUCUGGAGGCCGUGGGGGGGGGGAGCUCGCCCUAAAUUAAAAGCUGCCUCCCCCCCAAUUAAACCUCCUCCGGACCAUAAGUCAAAAGCCCCUGCCCCCGUCUUUGAGGGGCACCCUUGGGGGGGCAAUUAAGAAGCGAUUUGGGCCCCCCCCAAUUAAUUAAGGGGUGAUAUAUCCCCCCCGGGGUUAAUAAACCUGGGGUUUAUUAAGGGGCAGUUUCCCCCCCCCAGGUUAAUUAAGGGAUGAUUUACCCCACCCAGGGGUAAUUAAGGGCAGAUUUAUGCCCCCCCCCCCAGGGUUUGAGGGUCAGUUUGGGGCCCCCACCAUGGGGCUAAUUAAGGGUCAAUUUGAGCCCCCCCCCCCCGGGGUUAAUUAAGGGUCAGUUUGGGACCCCCGGGGAUGACUCGGGUAAAUUUGCCCUGUCUGGGGAGGGGUAGCUCCCUACGGGGGACUAAAGCACCCCCAAAUUUUUACACUCCCUCCCCUUUUUACCUGCGGGGGGAGCACCUCUUCUGCCCUCCCAUUUUAAUGGAUUUUUGUGGGUUUUGCCCCAGAAAGUGAAAGGGGGAGGAUAGGAUUUGGGGGGGGGAAGGGGGGCAGGAUUUGGGGGGGGGGGGCUAAAAAUCCUCUAUGGGGGGGCCCCAAACCUGCUCCCCCCCAAGUUGUAAACUUUGAGACAAAUUAAUAAAGUUUUGGUUAAAAAAGG